AAGAGUACAUAUCCAUUACCAGCAGAUCUUCCCUUGCCUAGCAUCACAAUGAAGUUCCAUAUUGUGACUGCUGCUCUUCUUGGAGCUGUCCUGGUUCCAGUCCUUGCUGGCAGGAAUGGCAAGAAAAAUGAGAAUGGACACCAAGGAGAAAAUCCUCACCACCCUGCCACUGGAGAGUUCAAUGACUUAAAGGAGGUCUCUCAGGCAUUCAAAACUCUGUGGGAUGUUGAGACGGGCUAUGUUGCAACCAAGGUACUUUCCAAAAACACCUGCAUCAUUUCUAACAUGGGCAGGGGCCUCUGGUUUGGUAGACCAUUUCCUGCACCAGGUCAAGGACCCAAGGGACCUCAUCCUCACCACUUCCCACGCAGAGUGAAUCGCUUCAUUAUCUCCACAAAGAGACUCCAAAGCUUGCAGCCGUAUGGCAAAGGCAUUCAAGCUCUGUGCGAAGGAAUCCCCUCCUACUUUGCUUACCCAUCUCCAGGAUUCAACUUCUUAGAGCAAGUGGUUUCCUGUUUUACAAUUAAGAUAAAUCAGUUGCCCAUCCAUUACUGUGAAUAA